CUACUCCCAUCAGUUUCUUCGGAUCAACGGUCAUCCUUUUCUCUCUCUCUCUUCACAGUUCACACAAACCCUGGAAAGAGAGAGAGAGAGAGAGGGCGAAGAAAAGAACCUCUUUUUUUUCUGAAAAGAGGGGGUUGUUUGGUUACGGGGAAUCCCAUCAAGCCCACAUUUUCCCCCAUUUCUUAUGUUUGUUUUCUUUCUCUUCUUCUUCUUCGGAAAAUCAAUCUCCCCAAUCAAAACGAAGAAAAAGAAGAGAAGAUUUUAGUGAAAUCGGAUGAACCUAGGUAUAAAUGUUCUGGGUUUUGAAUUAGUUGGAUUUUGAUUUGUAAAUUUUUAUAUAUAUAUUUGCUUUUUGGGGGGUGGGGGGUUGGUGGGUUUUUGUCUCUUGGGUCUGAGGGAUGGACUUGGACAGCAUUGAGUGUGUAUCUUCCUCAGAUGGUCUUGAUGAGGAUGAGAUCCAUCAACACCAUAAUACCCUUCUCCCUCAUCCACAUCCUAAUCUCCAUCAGCACCUUCCCGAAUUCUCUUCUUCUAAGCCUCGAACCAAUGGCGCUAACAAUAUUACUAUUGCGGGUCCAAACGCCAUUACUCCGGCCACCAGCGUCCACGAGUUGCUCGAAUGCCCUGUCUGCACCAAUUCCAUGUACCCUCCAAUCCAUCAGUGCCAUAAUGGACAUACACUGUGUUCCACCUGCAAAACAAGGGUACACAACCGGUGCCCCACCUGUAGACAGGAACUUGGAGAUAUUAGGUGUUUAGCAUUGGAGAAGGUGGCUGAGUCACUUGAAUUGCCAUGCAAAUAUUACUCGCUUGGAUGUCCAGAGAUAUUUCCAUACUACAGCAAACUUAAGCAUGAAUCAAUGUGUAACUUCAGACCUUAUAAUUGCCCAUAUGCUGGAUCAGAGUGCUCUACUGUCGGGGAUAUCCCUUUCCUAGUUGCUCACUUGAGGGAUGAUCACAAGGUGGACAUGCAUACAGGAUGCACAUUCAACCAUCGUUAUGUGAAGUCAAAUCCCCGGGAAGUAGAGAAUGCCACUUGGAUGCUUACGGUCUUCCAUUGUUUUGGUCAAUAUUUCUGCCUGCAUUUUGAAGCCUUCCAGCUUGGCAUGGCUCCUGUUUACAUGGCAUUCCUACGUUUUAUGGGUGACGAGAAUGAAGCUCGGAACUAUAGCUAUAGCCUAGAGGUUGGGGCUAAUGGCAGGAAACUCAUAUGGGAGGGUACCCCACGUAGCAUCCGUGAUAGCCACCGAAAAGUCAGGGAUAGUCAUGAUGGUCUCAUUAUCCAACGAAAUAUGGCCCUUUUCUUCUCUGGUGGUGAUAGGAAGGAGCUGAAGCUUAGAGUUACUGGAAGGAUAUGGAAGGAACAACAGAAUCCAGAUGCUGGGGUGUGCAUACCAAAUCUUUGUAGCUGAAAGAGAAAUUAUUUUUGAAGGCAUUUUUACAGUGUGUGUGUUUGUGACACUGCUGUGUGUUGUAUACCUGUGCUGUGCCAGCUUGUUCUGGUUUUCUGUAAUGAACGAAACUACUGAGGUUUGGAAAGUUUUCAACGUUAAUAAAUUGUAUGAUAUAAGCAGGCUUUCUUCCUCCAACAA